GGGACCUCCCCUUUAACGGCGGCGGUUCGGCGCUCCGCUGCCCCCGCGGCGGCUGCUGCUGCUGCUCCUGCGGCUCCUGCUGCCGCUGCCGCUCGGCCCCGGGCAGCUGCAUCCUCGGGCCGGGCCGGUCCCCGCCCCGCGCUGCGGCGGCCCGCCAUGGUGUCCUGGAUCAUCUCCCGCCUGGUGGUGGGCUGAUGCGGAGCUGGGAGGGAGAGGCCACUGCCCGUGGCGGGUGGGCCCAGUAACCCUGCCUGCCCCCUUAGGCUCAUCUUCGGCACCCUGUACCCAGCCUACUCUUCCUACAAGGCCGUGAAGACAAAAAACGUGAAGGAAUAUGUGAAAUGGAUGAUGUACUGGAUCGUCUUUGCCUUCUUCACCACGGCCGAGACGCUCACGGACAUAGUGCUCUCCUGGUUCCCCUUCUACUUUGAGCUCAAGAUCGCCUUCGUAAUCUGGCUGCUGUCCCCUUACACCAAGGGCUCCAGCGUGCUCUACCGCAAGUUCGUGCACCCAACGCUGUCCAACAAGGAGAAGGAGAUAGACGAGUACAUCACGCAGGCCCGGGACAAGAGCUACGAGACCAUGAUGCGAGUGGGCAAGAGGGGCCUCAACCUGGCCGCCAAUGCCGCAGUCACAGCUGCAGCCAAGGGCCAGGGGGUGCUGUCAGAGAAGCUCCGGAGCUUCAGCAUGCAGGACCUGACCCUGAUCCGGGAUGAGGACGCGCUGCCCCUCCAGGGUCCUGACAGCCGCCUCCGACCCAGCCCCGGCGGCCUUCUGGACACCAUCGAGGACUUGGAUGACCCUGCGCUGAGUUUAAGAUCUAGCACGAGCCAGGCAGAAGCCCGGACAGAGGCCUCUGAGGAUGACAUGGGAGACAAGGCUCCCAAGCGGGCCAAAUCCAUCAAAAAAAUGCCCAAAGCUGAGCCACUGACUUCCAAAACACUGAAGACCCGGCCCAAGAAAAAGACGCCUGUCGGGGGCGACUCAGCCUGAGGUCCUGCAGCCAAUGGCUGCAGAGCAAGGAGGACGCCUCAGGGAGGGCUCGGCCCCAGCCCCCGCUCCACACUGUGCCACUAGCCCAGGGGUCUCGGGCCCCUGCGGCCCCCUCAGCCAUCUCCGGUGCCUGCCCAGUGGCCGCUUCUGUGGAAGGGGCUUGGAAAAGAGGAGGGGGGCCCAGCUAUGGGGGUUGAGGGUAGAGGCUGGACCGGGGCUGGACACUGAGCUGCCUGAGGAGGUGGGGGCUGCUCAGCCUGCACCGCUGCUCUCCCUGCUCCAGCCCUGCCCCGCCCGCCCAGUGCCUUGCUGAAGACCAUGGCCAC